UACAAAAGCGGUAUCAAAAUUGCAUCUUUCAAUUGUCAUUCUUUUUUUUGGAUCCGAAUUAUAAUUUGAAAACUAAUAUAAAAUGGGUAGUACGACAGCUUUGAAAGAAUCGAAAGAUGGAAUAAAAGGUCGAAAACGAAGCCGAAGUAUUAGCUCACGAUCCAGUGGCAGUUCCAGAAGCCGUUCACGUAGUAGUUCUGCUUCUUCUCGAUCAAGUUCAAGUGGAUCAUCAAGUCGUAGUUCUAGUUCACGAUCCGUUUCUUCACGUUCAUCACAUUCAUCCAGUUCGAAAAGUUCGGGAUAUCGUCGCCGUUAUCAUCGUGAUCGUGGCGAUUCACCAAGAGAUCGUCGUGGUGCCCCACCACCGCCAUCAUCAUCAUCAUCGAAAAAACGUGGUCCAUCACCAAUACCACCAUCAUCGGUUUUCACUCGACUUUACAUUGGACGUUUAACUCGUAAUGUCAAUCGAGAUCAUUUGCAUGAAAUCUUCAGUGCUUUUGGCAAAGUUAUCUGCGUUGAUUUGCCAAUGGAUCGUAUGCAUAGCCAUUUAAAUCGUGGCUUCGCUUAUGUUGAAUAUGAGAACGCUGAUGAUGCAGUUAAAGCUGUAAAAUAUAUGGAUGGUGGCCAGAUUGAUGGCCAGGAAAUCAGUGCAUCCAAAAUUGAUCUACAAAAAAUGCGAGGUCAUCCACCACCACCACGUGGUGGAGGCGGGAGAAAUUCCGGAUGGCGACCAAAUUCAUCACCACCAAAUCGUGGCCGACGACGAUCACCGCCACCACCAUCACGUAGAUCACCACCACAUUCAAGACGACGAUCUCGUAGUCGUAGUCGUACUCCACCACCGCCACCACCACCCAUACGUGAUAGUCGUCGUCGUCGUUCAUCACGAUCAAGUUCUGGAUCAUCUCGUUAAUCCAUCAUAACCCACCACACACCAGCACCGAAAAAAACAAUUUAGAAAAAUGCACAGAAUUUAUUUUGACUAUAAAAAAAAUAAUUUUCAUCAUCAUCAUCAUCAUCCUUAUAUUCAGCUUUUUAUUUAGAAAGUAUAUAAAAAUGUCUGUAUACAAAAUGAUGAAAAAAAAACGAAGACAACCAAUUUUCAUUUCAGUCCACAUUUAAUUCAUAAUAUAUAAAAGCAUCGUCGUCAUCUUUUAUAGUUCA